AUGGACCAAGACGAGCAAUCCUCGCAUCUGGAAAGUACACCGGUGGCGCGGCCAAAAUCUCGCUCCGAUCAUUUGAUGAAGCGCGUGUCGAGAGCCUGUUUGCAUUGUAGACAGCGCAAGUCGAAGUGUGAUUUAGACGGUGGUAGCAGUCCAGGAGUACCACCGUGUCAACGGUGUCUUCGAGAUGGUCGCGAAUGUAUUUUGGGCAGUUCAAACCGUGGAGGUCGCCGUAUCCGCAAGAACAAAAUGAAGAACUUCACCCCGGAUACUAACCUAUCCGGACGGAGGGAAUCUAUCACCGAGUCGAUCAGCCCAACCGCUUCAGACAACCGCCAGGCUACAAAUACCUCUUACCCUGGUCCGGUUGUUUUUGUGACCCCCAAUCCCCCGACUGCUACAUCAAUGUCGGUCGAUGAUGAGGAUACGGCAUCUAUUGGGUCGGUCCCAAGGAACCCAUCUGACGCUUGGCAGUGUCUCACAGGCAUUGCCAAAAGAAGCGACGACGGCCCUACCCCGGAGACAAACACCGAUUCUCUGCGCACGAACCAUAGUGCCUUCUCGUUUAGUGCUCUCCAGAACGGCACUGUAACCGACUUCCAAUCAAACAGCGGUAUCAAGGCUUACAGGCUAGUCCAAUCACGUUCCUUGGAUCCCGGUACAGUAUGGCAGUUGGUUGCUCGCUAUGCAGAAAAUUUCCACCCAUAUCUCCCUCUAGUGCCACGGAAAUACUUUCACCGCAGUGCGCUAGAUUCUUUCGCCACCAAUGAGAAGCAUCUGCUCACUGCAGUACUUACAAUCGCAUCAAAGGAUUUAGUCGAACGACCGGAGAUCCACGAGUACUGCUCGAAAUACAUGCACGAGUUAAUCUCUGGGAUAGCUGCUGGUGCCGACUGUGAUGUGGAAGCCGUGGAGGCCCUUCUUCUACUUGCCGAGUGGGAGCCACAGGGCCUUCGCCCCCGUAUUGAGCGAGUAGGUCGUGGAGAGGAGGAUCGAGCCGCAUGGAUGCAUGUGGGUUUAGCCUUACGGUCAGGUUACUUCCUGGGCUUGGAUCGAACAUCCUUCCGAGGUGAUCCCACGGGAGAUACAGAGACGGAAGCCCGCAGGCGGUUAGCAUGGACCAGCUGCUACAUCUCGGACCGGUUGAUCUCUGUCCGCAUUGGACGGGCUUUCUGGUCCCGUGGGCCUGGCCCGAUGACGGGCCUUGUCAGUCAGGACUUUCCUUCUUUACAACCCAUCAAAGAUGGGGAUGAAGAUUACGCGAAGAUUUUCCAGGCGACUCUGGAUUUGACUCAACUUUACGGGAACGUGCACGAUUUGCUUUAUUCCGGCAUGCGGACGAGUAAUCAAAUGAUGCUUAUGGGGGACUAUGUAAAAUAUGUGGACGAUUUUCGCCUCGCAAUUUUGCGGUGGAAAUCACUCUGGGGCUCGCUGUCCUGUUCUACACCCAUGCAAGCUACUUUACAGCUUUCAUAUGAGUACCUCAGGCUUUAUACUAACGCUUUUGCAUUUCAGGCUGCGAUCUCGCAAUCAAUGGUGUCGAAGGUGAAGAACGAUGAUCAGUCACAAAGAGAGCACCUGAGAUCAACGUUCGAAGAAGUGGCAUCGAUGCAAGAUGCUAGGUUUAUCUAUGAAUCUGUGGAUGCCGCCAAAGCCUACUUGACAAUUCUCGUUGACCUGGUGCACCCAGAGAAGCACCUUCACUUCAUGCCCCUCAGAUUCUAUCUAUACGGUAUCUAUGCGGCUGUUUUCUUAUACAAGGCCCGGUCGUUUGGGGUUAUGACAAAUGGCGAGGAAGUCAAAGCACGCGAUCUUGUCACUCGAACAACCGAUGUCCUGAAGCGAGCAAGUGCUGGGCCGGACGACAUUGGCUCGCGUUACUCGCGGCUCCUAGAACUUUUAUGGCGGCCUAAGGCUGCGGCAAUUGCUUCACCUGCAGGAACCCAUCAGAGCACUGAUUUCCAAGUUCAGAGUAACAAUGUCUCCCAUCGCUUGCCUGAACAAAAUAGUUACAUGCAGUUUAGCCCAGCGAACGAUUUCUCGUGGUUGGAUCUUGAAGCCGUUGGGGACUAUGUCUCUGGAGACCAAAUACCCGGAACGAACACUCUGGCAUUCGAUGCAAGCACACUUGUGGUCAUCUUUAAUAUAAUGGAACAACAUAAUGACAUCCUUGGCCGAUUGGCACUCAUUACCGGAGCCUCUGGAGGGAUCGGGGCAGCUUGUGCUCGUCAGCUAGCUGCGAAAGGCGUUCAUCUUGCCUUGACAUAUUCCACCAAUGUGUCUGCGACAUCUUCUCUCGCCGAGGAACUCAAGUCCAAACACUCAGAUAGCUACAGCCUCCGGAUUUCCAUUCAUAAAGUGGAUGUUUCUUCUUCAGAUGAAAUUCAGCAUAUGUUUGAGGAGAUUGACGAACAACAUGGCCAGCGGCCAGAUAUCCUAGUCUCCAACGCCGGAUAUGGCAAACGAAUCCCACAGAUCUGGGACAUCUCUCUUGAAGAAUUCGAUUACACUGUCAGUGUGAACCUACGCGCUUCUUUCGUUCUUGUGAAGGGCGUGGUAGACCACAUGAAAUAUCAACGAUGGGGUCGGAUAGUGUUCAUGUCCUCGAUUGCCGGCCAGGGAGGUGGAAUCAACGGAUGCCACUAUGCCGCUUCCAAGGGUGGUAUGACAGGAAUGAUGAAGAAUCUCUCAACCCGGCUAGCUGAAUACAACAUCAGUGUCAACGAUGUUGCGCCCGCCAUGAUCGGUGAAACCGGUAUGAUACCCAACGCCGCGGCCAUUCCUGAGGUUGCAGCCGGUAUACCCUUGGGUCGAUUGGGCCUUCCAGACGAAGUCGCCAACGUGGUGACUAUGCUUGUGACGACUGGUUAUAUGACUGGUCAAAGUUUGUUGCUCGGGGGAGGGUUGAAAUAG